AUGGCGGAGCAAGGCGAUCCUCCGGCGCUUGGCCACCAUCCGCAACCAAUGCCGACACCGAGCUGGCCAAUUGUCAAGGAGUCUUACCAGCUUCAGGAGGUUAUAGGAAGUGGGGCUACGGCUGUGGUGCAAGCUGCCCUGUGUGUCCCCCGUCAGGAGCGCGUUGCCAUCAAGAGGAUCAACCUGGAGAAGUGCCAGACCAGCAUGGACGAGUUGCUCAAAGAAAUUCAAGCAAUGAGCCAGUGUAACCAUCCAAAUAUCGUGUCCUACUACACUUCAUUUGUCGUGAAGGAUGAACUUUGGUUAGUCAUGAAGCUUCUUAGUGGAGGGUCGGUGCUGGACAUCAUCAAGCACAUGGUCAUCUCGGAAGAAGAGCACAAAAACGGAGUUCUGGAUGAACCCACAAUAGCUACCAUUUUAAAAGAAGUCCUAGAGGGGCUGGACUACCUGCACAGAAAUGGACAGAUUCACAGGGAUGUGAAAGCAGGGAACAUUUUGCUGGGGGAGGACGGCUCUGUGCAGAUCGCAGAUUUUGGAGUUAGUGCAUUCUUGAAUACGGGAGGAGAUAUAACCAGGCACAAAGUCCGAAAGACGUUUGUCGGCACUCCAUGUUGGAUGGCCCCAGAGGUGAUGGAACAGGUACGAGGUUAUGACUUCAAAGCUGACAUUUGGAGUUUCGGAAUUACUGCCAUUGAAUUGGCCACAGGGUCUGCACCUUACCACCGUUACCCACCAAUGAAGGUAUUAAUGUUAACGCUGCAGAACGACCCCCCGACUUUAGAAACAGGUGUGGAGGAUAAGGAGACGGUGAAGAAGUAUGGGAAGUCCUUUAGGAAACUAAUAACCUUGUGCCUUCAGAAGGACCCUGCCAAAAGGCCGACUGCAGCAGAGCUUUUGAAAUGUAAAUUCUUCCAGAAGGCCAAGAACCACGAGUAUUUGACGGAGAAGUUGCUGUGUCGAGGUCCCAAAAUAGCCCAAAGAGCCAAGAAGGUGCGGCGCGUGCCCGGCUCCAGUGGCCACCUGCACAAGACGGAGGAUGGCGACUGGGAGUGGAGCGACGACGAGCUGGACGAGCAGAGCGAGGAGGCCAAGGCCACAGCCAAUCAGGGCAGGUCCCCAAGGGUCAAAGAGGAGAACGCAGAUAGCGAGCCCAAUGCCAACAGUGUGCCCAUGGAGGGCCUGUCCAUUCAGCAUCCUGAGGUGCAACCGUUUGAGAAUUCUCCUGACAUGCAGGGUGUCGUGAACAUGGUGCUGCGGCUAAGGAACUCCAGAAAGGAGCUGAACGACAUACGGUUUGAGUUCACUCCAGGCCGAGACACAGCAGACGGCGUCUCCCAGGAGCUUUUCUCCGCCGGUCUGGUCAACGGUCUCGACGUGGUUGUCGUUGCUGCUAACCUCCAGAAGAUUGUAGACGACCCGAUCACCUACAAAGUAUUGACCUUUAAGCUGGCCUCUGGCUGUGACAGCACUGAGAUCCCGGACGAGGUGAAACUGAUCGGCUUCGCUCAGCUGAGCGUCACCUGAUGCCGCCGUCACCGCACCAGCUCCACGGGGACGACAGAGGGAGGGAGGAAUGGAGAGAACCAGGAAG